UGCAGGGGUCGGCGGCUGCAAGCUGAGAGGUCAGUGAGGCUGGUGCUGCUUUGAGAAUGAAUCAAAAAGUUGUUUUCUAAGUUUCUGCUCCCAAGCAACAUCCUAGUGUGGAAGGCAAGGAAUCCAACCCUCUGGAGGCAGAAGAGCAUGAACAAGAUGACUGGCCCCAGAGCUAACACUCUCAGUGGGGCAGAGGGUCGCAGCUGCGCCCCCUCUCAGCUCAGAUGUCACAUUGAAUCAAGCGCGUGCGUCCGGCUGCAGCAAAUUGGCCCCGUACCAUGUAUUCAGCAAAGUGGAAAGAAGUGGAAAGGCAGAGCUCGGCCAAUCAGAACGCCUCCUUCCGAAAAACCCCAAGUACCUCCUAAACCGGCCCACCUGAAAGCAUCGGGGAAACAAAUCCUAAACCACAGGAUUCCACCAGCCCCAUCAAAGUCAUUGCCCCUAGCACCCAAACCCACCAGACGACCUGGAAUUAAAGAGCGGGGUGGGUCUGAGACCUCAGAUAUUAGUAUCCUCAUCAAGAAGUUUGAAAGCCUUAGGCAGCCGGUCCAGCUUGGGAGACACAGUCGCUACCAUUUUAGGGUCAAGAUGGAGCAAGGAACAAGCCCCCUGUGUUGUGCCCAUGUGUCUACUAGAGACUCGGACAGUGGGAUCCCAUUGGGUGAGCAAGGAAGGCCAACCGAGGAGGAACCCAGUGCAGAAAUGCCCAUGGAUAACCUGAAAAGCAGAGACUUUACAAUAAAUGAUAUUAACAAUUGUGGAGGUAAUAAUGCCUCUGUGAACCGGACUGAGCAGCCUCCUCAGGAGAACGGGAAUCUGACUGUGGAUCAUAAUGAUAAUGGGAAAAUUCCCAACAGAGACAGUGGCAUUGACAGCCCUUCUUGUAGUGUCGUUGGGGAGGUGUUUCCCAAUGACGAGAGUGUGGAGCACAAAAAGCUUUCCUUGCCUGUCCACAUGGUGGAAAUCGGCAUCGUCCGGAAGAAUUCCGACUCGUCGUCUGUGGAUCAGAAGAGAGAUUCCACUCAGGAUGAGGACAGUGACCUGGAUGAGGGCAGCAGUGAAGAACAUGAGUCCAUGGAGGUGCCCAAGGCAGAGAACAUCGAUUCCACCAAGUGUUCUGAACAUCAGAGACUGUACAACAUCGCCAGAGAGCUGCUGCAGACGGAGGAGGCCUAUGUGAAGAGGCUGGAUCUUCUGGAUCAGGUCUUCUGCACAAGGUUAUUAUCUGCCGGUAUCCCCCAGGAUGCGAUAAAUGGAAUAUUCUCCAAUAUAUCCUCAAUCUAUCGCUUUCACUGUCAGUUUCUCCUUCCCGAACUAAAAGCGAGAAUAAUGCAAGAGUGGGAUACGAACCCCCGGAUUGGUGACAUCCUACAGAAGCUUGCCCCGUUCCUAAAGAUGUAUGGGGAAUAUGUCAAAAACUUUGAUAAAGCGAUGGACUUGGUCAACAGCUGGACGCAGCGUUCCUCUACCUUUAAAGAGGUGGUUUAUACAAUCCAGAAGGACCCAGUGUGUGGAAACCUGACGUUGCAGCACCAUAUGUUGGAACCAGUGCAGAGGAUUCCCCGCUAUGAGCUUUUGUUAAAAGAUUACCUGAAGAAACUCCCAGAGGACUCUCCCGACCGGAAGGAUUCAGAAAAGUCCCUGGAAUUGAUUUCUACUGCAGCCAAUCACUCAAAUGCAGCCAUUCGCAAAAUGGAGAAGAUGCACAAACUGCUGGAGGUCUAUGAGCGACUUGGUGGGGAGGAAGAUAUUGUUAAUCCGGCCAAUGAACUCAUUAAGGAAGGACACAUCCAAAAAUUAUCAGCAAAGAAUGGAACCACACAGGACCGGUAUUUAUACCUGUUUAACAGCAUGCUCCUGUACUGCGUGCCCAAGUUACGGCUCAUGGGCCAGAAGUUCAGUGUUCGGGAAAAGAUUGACAUCGCUGGAAUUCAGGUACAAGAGACUGUAAAGAACAAUUCCGCUCAUAUGUUCCAGAUAAUUGGGAAAAAGAGAUCCCUGGAGCUGCAGACGAGGACAGAAGAGGAGAAGAAAGAAUGGAUACAGGUUAUCCAAGCGACGAUCGAGAAGCACAAACAGAACAGCGAAACCUUCAGGGCGUUUAACAAUUCCUUUUCCAGAGAAGACGAUUAUUGCCCUGACUCACCGGUCGCAGGCUCGGGGGGCCCCUGUGAUUACUCCUCGGGGAUGGAAGGCUGCGGCUCUCCUGGAGGGGCAGAUUCCCUCCGAAAAUCCUCUAAGAUAAAGCGGGAGAAGGAGAAGCAGAACUGCAAGGGCUGCGGGGAAAGUUUUCACUCCAUAACGAAGCGCAGGCACCACUGCAAGCAAUGCGGCGCCGUGAUUUGUGCCAAGUGCUCCGAGUUUAAGCUGCUGGCGGAAAACAGUCGACAUAACCGGGUCUGUAAGGAAUGUUUCCCUCUGGUUUCGUCUGUUCCUGGAAGUCCGGGGGGCUCCGCAGAUUCGGGGGAAUCGAAGAGGAAAGUGGAGAAGCAAAAUUCCUUAUCUCCGGAAAACUGCGUGUUCAGCAGUAACCUCCUUUACCUGGAGAAGGGGAAGACGUGGAUGAAAGUGUGGGUGUCUGUCCCCAGGAAUGAGCCCCUUGUCAUGUACCUCCAGGGGAGCGGCCAGGAGGGGAAGAGCCCUCGGGCAAUACCACUGCCGGGAUAUGAUGUGAGUUUGCCGAGUGCUGGCGACAAGGUGGACUUGAAACACGUAUUUAAAUUAUCCCAGUCGCAGCAAACUCUGUUUUUCAGCGCAGAGGAUGAAGAUUUGCUCCAGAAAUGGAGGGCGAUUCUCAGCAAAGCCUCUAGAGGUGACACCUCCAUUACGGCAGAGGAUCCAGAAAAGCUCUAGAGACUCUUGUAAUGAACUAAAUGAUGAUGAUAAUGAUGAACUAUAAAUCUCCACUAGGACCUUGGAGAGAUGCACUUUGUCCUGCACGUGUUUGCUACAACCUCUCCAGCUAUGACUGACUUGCACAGGGUACUGGGAGUUGUAGCAGGAGGUGGAGAAGGGGUUGAUGGCUGUAUGUGUCUGUAUCAAUAGGAAACCAGUUGUUUGUAUGUCCAGUUAUAUGUCUGUGUAAAGUUCCCUUUGUAUAAUGAUGUUUUGAGCUCAUUUGGGACGGAGGGUCGGAGCCAAAAUAUUCCAAUUCAUUCCACAUGGUCCAUCUCUCUCGCACUGUUCUGUAUAUGUGUAUUUAAAUAAGGAGAAUCCCACAUAUUGUUCCAGUGCUGGUUGUAUAUGUGAAUAGUUAUAAAGAUUAUUGAAUCUCUUUAUGUCAGAGUAAUAAAAGCACAAGACACGAGAUCCACAUGGAGCUGAAAGGACUGGUAUCAAAGCUCUGUCUCAGUAGGAGCCUCAACUUCUGCUCAUCAUGGGAAUUCAGCCAAGGAGCAAGCUGGAGAUACCCACUGUGUGUUGAUUUAUAUAGUCAGUCUGUCUGUCCAACCAUCAGCUUUGAUGAUAAUAAUAAAGGGGAACCAGCUCCCAGGGUUGAAGAAGUCCAGAUCCCAUCAGCAGAAGGCACUUCUUCUUGUCUCAGUUGGUGGACACUUGGUCUGUUAAGUGGCUUCCACUCUUGUGGCAUAAAUAACAUCCCGGAGCCAUUGAAUGGAGAUGGGAUGAAGUUUCAGGUGUAACUGCCAGGUUGUGGUGGCAAAUCUUCUUCCUUUGUGUGAGGGGUCAUCCAAGAUGCUGCCAACUCCAACUGCGAAUCCCAUAAGAAAGAAGAAUGUGGUAAAGUGUUUAUUAAGGAAGGAAACUGCUAAGGUUGGAAGAUGAGGAUGGUGCUUAGAACAAGUCCAGAAGGACUCUAUUUUGUCCUGCCCGAGCACCAGCAGCUAGAGAUGUUGACCCAAGUCAAGACAAGUCAAAGGAAGUUCAUGUAGGGUUGACUCCUUUCUGGGGAAUAUACUUCCCAUCUUUAUCUCUUUCUUCUCUACCCAUAACGUUGGCACAAAGUAUCAUUUUUCUAGAACUCACCAUCCAGGUGGAAAACCCUACGAAAUGUUGCUGUGUUGGUUUCAUGUAUUACCCACAAGUCCAAGGAGGGAGCGACCAGGGAGACUCCUUUAAGGUUGCCUUGGUCACACCAAAAAAGGAAAAGCUCAUUAGAGGGAAUUGUGACUUUAAAUAAAGAAUGUCGAAGUUGAAGUAGGCCACAUGCUAGAACCUACUCUAAUUGGACUUGCCCAGCCUAGUGUUGGUCAUUAAAGGCACCUUUGCUUAGAGGGUUGCCCUGUGAUAUCUCUUUAGAUGCCCAGAUACUGAUGUGUAGAGGGUCAGUGUAAUCGGUGUGGGUCUACUGAAUGUGUCUUCCUUUAGGAAUAUGGGUUUACUGGUUUUGAUGUGAACGGGAAGAGUUAGAAAUGCGAUGCUCUCUUGUGUUUUAUUGGACCAAGACUGGGCCUCUGUGUUAUGAGCUGUUGUCUGAGGCCCAAAGGUUCUUUACUUGGGCAGAGGAUGAUCUAAUUGACCUGCUGAGCUCUGUGGGACGUGUAGUCCUCAUUUGUUAUAUAUCGGGGUCAGGCCAAUGUAUGUGACUUCCCCAAUGCUCCAUAUCCCCUGGUGCCCCCCCUCGGAUAACGUGUUCCAUAGUUUUACAGGAGAAUAAUAAGUGGAUUAUUACACCCAUGUGUCAUGUGAUUUCCUGCAUUAUUCCUGUGGCCCCUGGAGUGACCUUGCUGAUUGGACGGUACCGGAGCCACAGACCAAGCACCUUUCGCAUGUUUCCUGGACAUAGAAAUGUUUUAUAUAACGUGUGUGUUCUGCAGGGGUUUUAACGCAACUGGGAAGUUGUUUUUUUUUUUUUUAAUUAUUAUCGGAUAAUCUGUGAGUUUAUUUAUGAUGUGUAAAUAAGGUUAUAUAAAUAUUUUCAAAUGUUUAAAAAAAAUAAGCUAAUAAAAGUUUUAGCACAGA